ACUUUUCAUAUUCAAUAAAUAAAUAAUCGCAUUUAGCUUUUCCCCAAAUUCCCUAAAACCUCACUUCACAUCGCCGGCGACGAACACUUCAGCUUGUUUGGUGGUAUAUAUCUUCACUUAGGGUUAGGUUAGGGAUUUUGAAGUUUCGAGUGUUGCGAGGGAUAGUUGAUUGAAGCAUAUUGUAAAAAUGGAUGAUGAGAUUCAGAAAACGCAAGAGGAGAGGAAGAAGAUGGAGCAGCAGCUCGCUUCUAUGAAUACGGUGACUUUUGAUACUGAAUUCUAUAGUUCGAAUAAAUUUGAGGGUUAUGAGAAAUCUAUUCCGGUGAAUGAUGAUGAUGAUACUUUUGAUACGGAGAAUGAGGUUGCUAGAAAGAUGGCAUCUUUCACUGCGCCGAAACAGUUUUUUAAGGAGGUUCCACGGGGUGCAGGGGAAGAGGAUGAGCCGAGUGGGUUUAAUAAACCGAGUAAGAUUAUUGAUAGGGAGGAUGAUUAUAGGAGGAGGAGGUUGAAUAGGGUCAUUUCUCCUGAGAGGAAUGAUCCUUUUUUGGAUAAGACUCCAGGGCCGGAAGUGAGGACGUAUGCGGAUGUUAUGAGGGAGGAGGCUUUGAAGAGGCAGAAGGAAGAGUUGAUGAAGGAGAUUGCGAAGAAGAAGAAGGAAGAACAGGAAAAAGCAGCGGAUAAAAAGGAGGAGGUUGAGAAGCCAGCUCAGAAGAGGAGGAAUAGGUGGGACCAAUCGCAGGAUGAGGGUGGUGCGAAGAAGGCGAAAGCUGGUUCAGAUUGGGACCAGCCGGACUCAACACCUGGGAUUGGAAGGUGGGAUGCAACCCCCACACCCGGCAGGGUCGGUGAUGCAACACCCUCUGUCAAGAAGAAUAGAUGGGAUGAGACACCUACACCUGGUAGGGUUGCUGAUUCAGAUGCUACCCCUGCUGGUGGUGCUACUCCAGGUGCAACUCCAGCUGGUAUGUCUUGGGAUGCUACACCAAAGCUUGCAGGUCUUGCUACCCCCACGCCUAAAAGACAGAGGUCAAGGUGGGACGAGACUCCAGCUACUAUGGGAAGUGCAACUCCCAUGUCAGGUGCUACCCCGGCAGCAGCUUAUACACCGGGUGUUACUCCUGUUGGGGGUGUUGAACUAGCUACACCAACCCCUGGUGCCAUUAAUUUGCGUGGUCCGGUUACUCCUGAACAAUACAAUUUGAUGAGGUGGGAGAAGGACAUUGAAGAGAGAAAUCGACCCUUAACUGAUGAGGAGCUUGACUCAAUGUUUCCUCAGGAAGGAUAUAAGAUUUUGGAUCCUCCAGCAUCCUAUGUUCCCAUUAGAACACCCGCCAGGAAGCUUCUUGCCACACCAACUCCUAUAGGGACACCUCUGUACUCUAUUCCAGAAGAAAAUCGGGGUCAACAGUUUGAUGUACCAAAAGAAAUGCCAGGUGGUUUGCCAUUUAUGAAGCCCGAGGAUUACCAGUAUUUUGGUUCCUUGUUGAAUGAGGAAGAUGAAGAGGAGUUGUCUCCCGAUGAACAGAAGGAGCGAAAAAUUAUGAAGCUUUUGCUCAAGGUUAAAAAUGGCACUCCCCCUCAGAGGAAAACUGCUUUGAGACAGCUCACUGAUAAGGCCAGAGAAUUUGGUGCCGGGCCCUUAUUCAAUCGGAUUCUGCCAUUGCUCAUGCAACCUACACUGGAAGACCAAGAAAGGCAUUUGCUGGUUAAGGUUAUUGAUAGGGUACUCUAUAAGUUGGAUGAAUUGGUUCGUCCAUAUGUGCACAAGAUUCUUGUCGUGAUUGAACCUCUGUUGAUUGAUGAAGAUUAUUAUGCUCGUGUCGAAGGGAGGGAAAUCAUAUCUAAUCUUAGUAAGGCAGCUGGUUUGGCGACUAUGAUUGCUGCCAUGCGUCCAGAUAUUGACAACAUUGAUGAAUAUGUCAGGAACACAACUGCUCGAGCUUUCAGCGUUGUUGCAUCUGCACUUGGUAUUCCUGCUCUGCUGCCAUUCUUGAAAGCCGUUUGUCAGAGUAAAAAAUCUUGGCAGGCUCGUCAUACAGGUAUUAAGAUUGUUCAGCAGAUUGCUAUUCUUAUUGGUUGUGCUGUUCUUCCACAUUUGAGGUCUUUGGUGGAAAUUAUUGAACAUGGUCUUAAUGAUGAGAACCAGAAAGUCAGGACCAUUACAGCUCUUUCUCUGGCUGCUCUAGCUGAAGCUGCUGCACCAUAUGGUAUUGAGAGUUUUGAUUCUGUUUUGAAGCCCUUGUGGAAGGGUAUUAGAUCACAUCGUGGCAAGGUUUUGGCUGCCUUUUUAAAGGCUAUAGGUUUCAUCAUUCCUCUUAUGGAUGCUGUAUACGCCAGCUACUAUACCAAAGAAGUUAUGGUUGUCCUUAUUCGUGAGUUUCAAUCACCUGACGAGGAGAUGAAGAAAAUUGUGCUGAAAGUGGUGAAGCAGUGUGUCAGUACAGAAGGUGUGGAGCCAGAUUACAUUCGACAAGACAUUCUUCCAGAGUUCUUCAGAAACUUUUGGGUUAGAAGAAUGGCUUUGGACCGCAGAAACUACAAGCAACUUGUUGAAACCACUGUGGAGAUAGCAAACAAAGUUGGUGUUGCUGAUAUAGUUGGGAGAAUUGUUGAAGACUUGAAAGAUGAGAGUGAACCAUACAGGAGAAUGGUCAUGGAAACUAUUGAGAAGGUGGUUGCAAAUCUUGGUGCAUCUGAUAUUGAUUCUCGACUAGAAGAGCUGUUAAUUGAUGGUAUCCUUUAUGCCUUCCAAGAGCAAACCAGUGACGAUGCCAAUGUGAUGCUUAACGGAUUUGGUGCUGUUGUAAAUGCCCUUGGCCAAAGAGUUAAGCCAUACCUUCCUCAGAUUUGUGGUACUAUAAAAUGGCGACUGAACAACAAGAGUGCCAAGGUGAGACAGCAAGCUGCAGAUCUGAUAUCCAGAAUUGCAGUAGUUAUGAAGCAGUGUGGGGAAGAACAACUAAUGGGCCAUCUUGGUGUUGUCUUGUACGAGUACUUGGGAGAAGAAUACCCAGAGGUUUUAGGAUCUAUACUGGGGGCUCUCAAGGCUAUUGUGAAUGUUAUUGGUAUGACUAAAAUGACUCCUCCAAUUAAGGACUUGCUUCCUCGGCUGACCCCUAUUUUGAAGAAUCGUCAUGAGAAAGUCCAGGAGAAUUGUAUUGACCUUGUUGGUCGAAUUGCAGACCGUGGUGCUGAAUUUGUUCCUGCAAGGGAGUGGAUGAGAAUUUGUUUUGAGCUUCUUGAGAUGCUUAAAGCGCACAAGAAAGGUAUCCGCCGAGCAACAGUGAACACAUUUGGGUAUAUUGCUAAAGCCAUUGGACCUCAGGAUGUGCUUGCAACAUUGUUAAACAAUCUUAAGGUACAGGAACGUCAGAACCGUGUCUGUACCACUGUCGCAAUUGCUAUUGUUGCAGAAACCUGUUCUCCCUUUACAGUCUUGCCUGCCUUGAUGAACGAAUAUCGCGUGCCUGAGCUUAAUGUCCAGAACGGUGUCUUGAAAUCCCUCUCCUUCCUUUUCGAGUACAUUGGAGAAAUGGGCAAGGAUUAUAUAUAUGCUGUAACUCCAUUACUUGAAGAUGCUCUUAUGGACAGAGAUUUAGUACACAGGCAGACUGCUGCCUCUGCUGUGAAGCACAUGGCUCUUGGUGUUGCUGGUCUUGGAUGUGAAGAUGCACUUGUCCACCUUUUGAACUAUGUCUGGCCAAACAUUUUUGAGACGUCUCCACAUGUGAUCAACGCAGUCAUGGAAGCCAUCGAAGGAAUGAGGGUUGCACUGGGAGCAGCCGUAGUCCUUAACUAUUGUCUACAGGGAUUGUUCCAUCCAGCAAGGAAGGUCAGAGAAGUUUACUGGAAGAUAUACAACUCCCUCUAUAUCGGUGCCCAGGAUGCCCUUGUAGCUUCUUAUCCUAUUCUGGAAGAUGAUGAAAACAAUGUCUACAGUAGGCCUGAGCUGAACAUGUUCAUUUAGAUAUUUGCCUCUUAUAUCUGCUUUGCCAUUUUUAGUCGUUUUCCUAUUCCAGCACGAUGAAGUAGCAUAGCGUUUCUUGUUUUCGACUAGACUUGUGAUGUAUCUUAUAUUCUAAAUCGCACGAUAGACAUGUUUCCCCGUUUCCCCUUUUUUAACAUAUAUUUGCUUAGCUUUCUUCUGAACAAGGAAUAAGCCUUUGUAUGAAGUGUUUUUGGGUUGUCUUGA